UGAACUUCAAAGCAAAACAUGCACGGCUUUGAUAAGCUUAUCUUUUUAAUUCUUUUCGUAUUUUCCGUUUGCUCAUAUAAACUCCGAAGCAUCCGUGAUUUCUUUCCAGCGGAACUCUUGGUUAAAAAAAAUAAUUGUACCCACAAUUAAUUUUGUUUUUUCCGUAUUCCAUCGCAUACAUUUUGACUUACCUGCUUUUUAUCCUAGUCAAAUUUUUGUUACUGUUUGACGUCCACUCGCCUCUAAUCUCCACCGCUCUCUGCAUUUCCAGUGUGCAAUUCCCUCAUCCUGCAGGCGGACUGUUUAACGGGAUUCGGUUGUGCAGAAUCAUUUGAAAAAUGCCGCUGCGUUUGGACAUCAAACGGAAGUUGUCAUGUCGGUCGGAUCGUGUGAAGAGUGUGGACUUGCACCCGACCGAAUCCUGGAUGCUGGCCAGCCUGUACAAUGGUCAGGUGCACAUCUGGAACUACGAAUCACAGACGAUGGUGAAGACCUUCGAAGUGUGUGAUCUGCCCGUGAGGACCUCCAAGUUUGUUCCGCGCAAGAGCUGGGUGAUUACCGGCUCGGACGACAUGCAAAUCCGAGCCUUUAACUACAACACUUUGGAGCGUGUGCAUAAUUUUGAGGCGCAUUCCGACUACGUGCGCUGCUUGGCUGUUCACCCGACGCAACCGUUUCUCCUCAGCAGCAGCGACGAUAUGACCAUCAAAUUGUGGGACUGGGACAAGAAGUGGCAGUGCGCCCAGACUUUCGAAGGACACACGCAUUACGUGAUGCAGAUUGUCAUUAAUCCAAAAGACAACAACACCUUCGCUAGUGCGUCGCUUGAUCGAACGAUCAAGAUCUGGCAACUUGGAUCAUCGCAGCCAAACUACACACUGGAAGGUCAUGAAAAGGGUGUCAAUACAAUCGAUUACUAUUAUGGUGGUGAAAAACCGUAUUUGGUGAGCGGUGCUGACGACAAACUGGUGAAAAUUUGGGAUUAUCAGAACAAAAACUGCGUUCAAACGCUAACCGGACAUGCGCAGAAUAUUUCGGCUGUUGCCUUCCAUCCUGAUUUGCCGAUCAUUUUGACUGGAUCCGAAGACGGAACUGUUCGAGUGUGGCAUGCGAACACAUACCGCCUUGAAACCACCUUGAAUUACGGCCUAGAGAGAGUGUGGGCCAUUAAUUGUUUAAAGGGAUCCAACAGCAUUGCCAUCGGUUAUGACGAAGGCAGUGUCGUUCUCAAGCUUGGACGCGAGGAACCAGCUGUUUCGAUGGAUAACAGUGGUAAAAUUGUAUGGGCAAAGCAUUCCGAAAUUCAGCAGGCCAACCUCAAAACUGUUGGCGAUGCCGAGAUUAAAGACGGUGAACGUUUGCCACUGACUGUGAAGGAUAUGGGCGGGUGUGAAAUUUACCCACAAACCAUUGCUCAUAGUCCUAAUGGCCGAUUUGUUGUGGUUUGUGGAGAUGGCGAGUUUAUUAUAUAUACUGCCAUGGCUCUGCGCAAUAAAAGUUUUGGACCGGCCCAGGAAUUCGUAUGGUCGCAAGAUUCGUCAGGAUAUGCCAUUCGGGAGAGCAGCGUUUCGUUGAAAUUAUUUAAAAACUUCAAAGAAACGAAAUCGUUUAAGCCGGAUUAUGGGGCCGAUGGAAUUUUCGGUGGGACGCUGCUCGGUGUAAAAGCGGCUAAUAGUCUUGCUUUCUACGACUGGGAAAGCAACCAGAUGAUACGUCGGAUCGAAAUCCAGGCCAAGGGGGUGUAUUGGGCGGAAAACGGCGAGCACAUCGCCAUUGCUACUGAUGAUAGCUAUUUUGUGCUAAAAUACGACGCCAAGGCUGUGGCUGCUUUCCUGCAACGUGGAGAUGCUGUACCGGAAGACGGUGUUGAGGAAGCAUUUAGCGUCGUCGGUGAUGUCCAGGAAACAAUAAAAACCGGUUUUUGGAUUGGAGAUUGCUUUAUCUAUACGAAUACCGUGAACAGAUUGAAUUACUACGUCGGUGGAGAAAUCGUUACCAUUGCACAUUUAGAUCGAACAAUGUAUCUGAUCGGGUACAUUCCGAAGGAAAACCGAAUCUACCUUGUCGAUAAAGAUUUGAAUGUCGUUAGUUAUCUUUGCUUGCUUUCCGUUCUGGAAUACCAGACAGCCGUAAUGCGGCGAGAUUUUGCCACGGCUGACCGAGUCUUGCCAACAGUACCCAAGGAACAACGAACCAGAGUGGCCCAGUUUUUGGAAAAACAGGGCUUUAAAUCACAAGCUCUGGCGGUCACGACUGAUCCUGAACACAAAUUUGAACUUGCUCUGCAACUCAAAGAUUUGAAAACGGUUUAUGAUCUCGCGAAAGAAUCAGAAUCUAUCCAUAAAUGGAAACAACUAGGCGCCAUUGCGUUGAAAUCCGCCGAUCUGCAUUUGGCUGAAGAAUGCAUGAUUCACGCAGAAGAUUACACUGGGUUGCUCUUGUUAGCUCAGUGUUCGGGCAAUUUGGAAUUGAUGAAACGCUUGGCUUCGAUGGCCGAUGAGAAGCAACAGUAUAACAUUGCCUUUACGUCGUAUUGGAGUUUGGGGAAGCUUGAAAACUGUUUGGAAAUUUUGAUCAAGUCAGACAGAUUACCGGAAGCAGCAUUCUUUGCGAAAACGUAUGUUCCGAGCCAUAUUAACAGAGUAUUGGCCAUUUGGAAGGAGAAGAUGGGCCGAAAGAAUGCCAAGGCUGCCCAGGCGUUGGCUGACCCGAUUCAGUAUCCCAAUUUAUUUGGAAACUUCGAGGAUGGUCUCAAAGCAGAACAGUUUUACACUCGUGAACGGCAAAACCUUGUGCCAGCGAACCGGUAUAAUUCUCUCCCGAAAGUUGACGAGAGGAAUUUGGUGGACGAAAUGCAAAAAGCUGCCGAAUCUGGGCGUUUUGUAUACGAUCCUGAUGCAGCGCCAGCCAAAGCUGAUAAUGUUGAAACAUUAACGGAAGGAACAAAAUCUGAGGAUGGAACAUAUAGUUCGCAUGAUCAUGAAGAGAAAUUUGAAACUCCUUCGCUACGCCGUCCUGUGGAAACGGAGACCAUGGUGAGACACGCAUCACCGGUACAAAAUCCUACCCGUGCCACGGUUAAUGGGGGCGACAAUUAUGAUAUUAACCAGCUCGAAACCGAGCUGGAAGAAUUGGAUUUUACGCAUAAUGCCGAAAACCAUAUCGAACUGGACGAAGACGACCAGAGCUUAAUUUAAGCAUUGGUAAAGAGUUUACGCAUUUUUUAUAUUUGUCUUUGCGCUGCUACAUUUGUAAUUGUCGUAUGAGGUACCCGAACACCAGAAUUCCAUGCUGUUCUCUUACAUUCAGCAAAUUUUAUUCUGUCCGCUAUGCGAAUUGUGCUUCUUUUGAUUUCUGUCAGAUGGGGUUUCGUACUCUCUAAUUAUAAACUAUUUAUGUUAUUUAAAGUGUUGCACCACAUGG